AUGAAGCUGGGACCCAUCCGGGGCCUCGAGAACAAAAGGUGUGCCAGCCGCCGGGCAGACGACGAGACGGUCUUCCCAGAGGACCCCGGACAGGACGACAUGGUGCACUCGCUCGCCCUCGUCGGCGGGCUUGCGGCCCUGCUGACGGGCGUCUUGGCCUGCGGCGACAGCGACUCCUGCUACGGCCCGACGAACGCGGUCGAGCAUGUUCGCCAGGUGAAGCGCAUGCAGCCGGGCGUCCCUCACGCCGCCUACGGACCCAAGGGGCCCUUGGAAUGGGGGCAGGUCAACUUUCUCCAUACCACCGACACCCACGGGUGGCUCGAGGGCCACCUCAAGGAGAAAAACUAUGGCGCCGACUGGGGUGACUUCGUUACCUUUACCCGUCGCAUGAAGCGUACCGCUGCCAAGAGAGGCGUCGAUCUCCUCCUCAUCGACACGGGCGACCUUCACGACGGCAACGGCCUCUCGGAUGCGACCCCGAUCGAUGGCACCAUGUCGAUGCCCAUCUUCGAUGAGCUCGAGUAUGACUUGCUCACCAUCGGCAACCAUGAGCUCUACGUAUCCGAGGUUUCCUAUCAAAUGUUCAACGAGUACGCUCGCAGAUGGGGAGACAGGUACAUCACCUCCAACGUCAAGGUCUUGAACAAGACGUCCGGCCAGCACGAGUACGUCGGCAAGACGCACCGCUACUUCACCACCCGUCACGGCCUUCGCGUCAUGGCCUUUGGUGUGCUCUUCGACUUUGUUAGGAACUCGAACGCAUCCAUCAUCCUCAAGGCCCAAGACAUGAUCAAGGAGCCUUGGUUCUUGGAUGCCUUGACCACCAAGGACCCCAUCGACAUGUUCAUCCUCUUCGGCCACAAUCCUGCCCACCCCAGCAACCCCGUCAGCACCUUCAAGCUCGUCUUCGAUGAAAUCCGCAAGGUGCACCCCAAGACGCCCAUCCAGAUUUUCGGUGGCCAUUCCCACGUUCGCGACUUUGCCGUCUACGACGAGUCGUCGGUCGCCAUCGCCUCCGGUCGCUACUGCGAAACCCUCGGCUGGGUUUCCAUGACGGGCUUCGACGAAUCCAACAGCGCCUUCGAUGGGUCCGAGAAGCCUCGGUGUUCCCUCCAUCCCUCACGGCCGGCCUUGGACAACUCGACGUCCCCUUUCCUCUACUCUCGCCGCUACCUCGAUUGGAACCGGAAGACGUUCAUCUAUCAUUCCAACAGCCACGAACUCCAUUACGAUCGCCGUGCCGGCAAGAAGGUCACCGACAAAAUCUCCAAGACGCGCCAUGUCCUGAAGCUCGGCGACGUCGCCGGCUGCGCGCCCCAGGACUGGUGCAUGUCCUGUGCGCCCAUGGAAGACUUGAACAAGAACAUCUAUACCGGCCUCAUGUCCCCCGCCAUGUCUGCCAUGGUCGUCAACAAGACCCGUGCCGACAAACCCCGGAUCAUUCUCGCCAACACGGGCGCCAUCCGUUUCGACCUUCACAAAGGUCCCUUCACGUACGACGACAACUUCAUCGUCUCACCCUUCCGCGACGUAUUCCUCUACAUUCCCGACGUCCCCUUCAAGCUGGCCUCCCAGGUCAUUCGCAAACUCAACCUCGGUCCUGUGGCCAAGCGAGAACUUGCCUCGAUGGCGAAUCCCCUCGAUUCCUGCACCGACCCUUCUCUCGGCUACCUGAGUCGCCGUGACAUGCGCGAGACGCGGGGCGUCGUGCGCCGCCAGGAGAUUGUCGUCCCAGGCUAUACCACCACGGACGAUUGGGGCACUGAUGGCGAUGACACGGAGCACUCCGAGAUCCCCAGCUACGAGAUUCCGCCUUACUGGGAGACGCGGGCGUCGUUCCCCGACGACGGCAGCGACCCGGAGACGGUGGAUCUCGUCUUUUUCGACUUCAUCGAGAAACUCGUCCUGAAUGAUCUUGGCGCCGGCUACACGCACGAAAUGGUCCAGUGCUACGUGGACUGCAACUUUUCGUCCCAAGAUUUCAUGCUUCCGUACGCGAGGCUCGCGUGGUCGGAAAACAAGGACAACUGCCCCGUCAUGUGA